AUUCUGCCGCCUGUACCAUCUUCUCUCUACUCUCCCUACAUGGAAGUAUAAGUAAUUAAGUACCCACAAAGGAAUGGGACUUGCAUCAGCUCUCUCUCUCUCUCCCUCUCUCUAAGAAGGAAUAGAGAGUGGCCUUUCCAACAACAUUUGGGGAGGAAAAGUACCAAAAAGGUGGGAGACAGGAAUUUCCAAUCCCCACCAAACCAAUCCCUUCCUUUCCUUUCCCCUCUCUGUUUCUGGAUAGAGAAUUCAGCUUCAUUUUCCCUUGUAUUUCAAGAAAACCAAUUAAUUUCGGUAAAUUCAUUAGAAGAAGAAGAAGAAGAAGAAGAAGAUGGAGGGUCUAGAUAAAGCCAGAGGCUCGGAAAGGCGGGCAGGGCAUCACAGCUUCAGCAGAAGCAUAAGCAGGACUAUGAGCAAGCAUAGUUGGAGCAUGGAAGAUGUAUUUGCAGGUGGCAGGCAAUCUCGUCGCAACAGUCAAGUCGACGAAGAUGAAGAAGCUCUGAAAUGGGCUGCCAUAGAGAAGUUACCAACGUAUGAUCGUUUAAGAACAAGUAUCAUAAAUUCUUACAUGGAGAAUGAGCCCCUGGCGCACAAGGAAGUGGAUGUUCGAAAGCUAGAUAUGGAUGAAAGGCAACAAUUCAUUGAUAGGAUUUUCAAGGUUGCAGAGGAAGAUAAUGAGAAGUUCUUGAAGAAGUUUAGAAAUAGAGUUGACAAGGUUGGAAUCCGACUUCCUACAGUUGAAGUUAGGUUUGAACAUUUAACGAUCGAGGCAGAUUGCCAUGUUGGCUCAAGAGCUCUUCCCACUCUUCCAAAUACUGCCCGAAAUAUUCUAGAAUCGGGUCUUGGUAUUCUUGGGGUUGGAAUGGCCAAGAGAACAAAAUUAACAAUUCUCAAGGAUGCAUCAGGAAUUAUUAAACCGUCGAGGAUGGCCCUUUUGUUAGGCCCCCCGUCCUCUGGUAAAACAACCCUUUUGCUGGCAUUGGCCGGGAAGUUGGACCCAAGCUUAAAGGUUAGAGGAGAAAUCACUUACAAUGGGUGCAGGCUCAAUGAAUUUGUACCUAAGAAGACAUCAGCAUACAUUAGCCAAAAUGAUGUCCAUGUUGGAGAAAUGACUGUGAAAGAAACUCUAGAUUUCUCGGCAAGAUGCCAAGGGGUUGGGACUCGAUAUGAUCUCCUAAGUGAACUUGGAAGAAGGGAAAAGGAAGCUGGCAUAUUUCCAGAGGCAGAAGUUGACCUUUUCAUGAAGGCAACAGCAAUGGAAGGAGUUGAGAGCAGCCUGAUUACUGACUACACUCUGAAAAUAUUAGGGAUCGAUAUAUGCAAGGACACCAUUGUUGGAGAUGAUAUGCAACGAGGGAUAUCGGGUGGACAGAAAAAACGAGUAACAACAGGAGAGAUGAUUGUUGGGCCAACAAAGACACUGUUCAUGGAUGAGAUAUCCACCGGUCUUGAUAGCUCCACCACAUUCCAAAUAGUGAAAUGUUUGCAGCAGAUUGUACAUCUCACGGAGGCCACCAUCCUGAUGUCCCUACUCCAGCCCGCUCCUGAGACGUUCGAUCUCUUCGAUGACAUCAUCCUCCUAUCGGAGGGCCAGAUUGUAUACCAGGGCCCAAGAGAGCACAUAGUCGAGUUCUUUGAGAGCUGUGGAUUCAAGUGUCCAGAGAGAAAGGGGACCGCUGAUUUCUUGCAGGAGGUUACAUCAAGGAAGGACCAAGAGCAGUAUUGGGCAGACAGGACAAGACCGUACCGGUUCAUAUCAGUGUCUGAAUUCGCAAGCCGGUUCAAGAGUUUCCAUGUGGGCAUGCGGCUUGAAAAUGAGCUCUCGGUCACCUUCGACAAGUCGCAAGCCCAUGGAGCAGCCCUGGUGUACAAGAAAUAUUCAGUCCCAAAAAUGGAACUCCUAAAGGCAAGCUUUGACAAAGAAUGGCUGCUGAUAAAGAGGAACUCUUUUGUGUACGUUUUCAAGACCAUCCAACUCAUUGUCGUGGCAUUAAUAGCGUCGACAGUGUUCUUAAGGACAGAAAUGCACAAUAGAACCGAGGAAGAUGGGGCAGUAUACAUUGGUGCACUUGUGUUUGGGUUGAUCAUCAACAUGUUCAAUGGUUUUGCCGAGCUGGCACUGACCAUUCAAAGGCUUCCUGUAUUUUACAAGCAUAGAGAGCUCCUCUUCCACCCAGCUUGGACUUACACACUGCCCACCGUGCUGCUCAGGAUCCCCAUUUCUGUUUUCGAGACCAUUGUUUGGAUGGUCAUGACAUACUACACCAUCGGAUAUGCACCUGAAGCUAGCAGGUUUUUCAAGCAACUAUUUUUGAUAUUUCUGAUCCAACAAAUGGCUGCCGGGCUCUUUAGGCUCAUUGCUGGAGUCUGCAGGACCAUGAUCAUCGCCAAUACUGGUGGAACUCUCUGUCUCCUCCUUGUUUUCCUACUUGGAGGUUUCAUGGUUCCUAGAGGUCAAAUUCCAGUCUGGUGGAGGUGGGGCUAUUGGGCUUCACCUUUGACAUACGGUUACAAUGCCAUUUCUGUAAACGAAUUGCUUGCUCCGAGAUGGACCAACAAAUUUGCUUCAGAUAAUACAACCCCAUUGGGUGUGGCCGUACUUAAUAACAUUGAUGUUUUCCCUGAAAAAAAUUGGUUCUGGAUUGGCUCAGGAGCACUUCUGGGCUUCACAGUUCUCUUCAACAUUCUGUUCACCUUUGCGCUUAUGUACCUUAACCCAACGGGAAGGCCGCAAGCAGUAAUAUCUGAAGAAGCUGCAGACGAGAUGGAAGCUGAACAAGAGGAAUCAAAGGAAGAACCACGACUCAGAAGGCCUAUGUCAAAGAGAGAUUCUAAUGCUCAAUCACUGUCUGCUUUUGAUGGAAACAAUACAAGAGAAAUGGCAAUCCGGAGAAUGAACAGCCGAUCUAAUAGCUAUGGGAUAAGUAGAAAUGAUUCAGCUGUUGAUGCAGCCAACGGUGUUGCCCCUAAGAGAGGAAUGGUUCUUCCAUUUGCUCCUCUGGCAAUGUCCUUUGACAGUGUGAAUUACUAUGUGGACAUGCCCCCUGAAAUGAAAGAACAAGGAGUAGCGGAGGACAGGCUACAAUUGCUUCGGGAAGUAACGGGUGCAUUUAGGCCUGGGGUCUUGACAGCACUAAUGGGAGUAAGUGGAGCUGGAAAGACAACAUUGAUGGAUGUUUUAGCAGGAAGAAAGACGGGUGGUUACAUUGAAGGUGAUAUUAGAAUCUCCGGAUUCCCUAAGAAACAAGAAACCUUUGCAAGAAUCUCUGGUUACUGUGAACAAAAUGAUAUCCACUCGCCCCAAGUCACCAUUAAAGAAUCCUUGAUUUACUCGGCUUUCCUUCGACUUCCUAAAGAAGUCAGCACCGAGGAAAAGAUGAUAUUUGUUGAUCAAGUGAUGGAACUGGUAGAGCUAGUCAAUCUUAAGGACGCAAUAGUAGGGCUUCCAGGGAUUACAGGGUUGUCAACAGAACAGCGAAAGAGGUUGACUAUUGCUGUUGAGCUUGUUGCUAAUCCCUCCAUCAUUUUCAUGGACGAACCAACUUCAGGUCUUGAUGCGAGGGCAGCAGCUAUUGUCAUGCGGACUGUGAGAAACACGGUGGACACUGGAAGAACGGUUGUGUGCACUAUUCACCAGCCUAGCAUUGAUAUCUUCGAAGCAUUUGAUGAGCUACUGCUGAUGAAGAGAGGAGGACAAGUGAUCUACUCUGGACCAUUGGGUCGGAAUUCCCAGAAAAUUAUUGAAUAUUUUGAGGAAAUUCCUGGAGUCCCCAGAAUUAAAGAAAAGUACAACCCAGCAACAUGGAUGCUUGAAGUGAGCUCAAUGGCUGCUGAAGUCAGGCUUGGAAUUGAAUUUGCUGAACACUACAAAUCAUCAUCCUUGCAUCAGAGAAACAAGGCAUUGGUGAGAGAGUUGAGCACGCCGCCGCCCGGAGCAAAAGACCUUUAUUUUGCCACUCAAUAUUCUCAGCCCCCAUGGGAGCAGUUCAAAUCUUGCUUAUGGAAGCAAUGGUGGACUUAUUGGAGAAGUCCGGAUUAUAACCUUGUUAGAAUCUUUUUCACCAUUAUUGCAGCCCUCAUGAUGGGGACAAUUUUCUGGAGAGUUGGAUCCAAAAGGGCGGACUCGGGUGAUCUAAGUAUGGUCAUCGGAGCUAUGUAUGGUUCUGUUCUGUUUGUAGGAAUUAAUAACUGCUCAACAGUACAACCGAUAGUAGCCAUUGAAAGAACAGUUUUUUAUCGAGAAAGAGCUGCCGGGAUGUACUCUGCAUUGCCUUAUGCCCUUGCACAGGUGGUUGUUGAAAUUCCGUACGUGUUUGCUCAAACUAUAUAUUAUACAAUUCCUGUGUAUGCCAUGGCCAGCUUUGAAUGGACAGCCGCCAAAUUCUUUUGGUUCUUUUUUAUCUCCUUCUUCUCCUUCCUCUACUUCACAUACUACGGCAUGAUGACUGUAUCCGUCACUCCCAACCACCAAGUAGCAUCCAUUUUUGCAGCAGCUUUCUAUUCUCUCUUCAAUCUUUUCUCAGGCUUCUUCAUCCCAAGACCUAGAAUUCCAAAGUGGUGGGUUUGGUAUUACUGGAUUUGUCCAGUUGCAUGGACAGUUUAUGGAUUGAUUGUGUCACAAUAUGGUGAUGUGGAGUCCACAAUUAAAGUGCCCGGAAUGGAGGUAGACCCGACUAUUAAAUGGUAUAUAGAAGACCAUUUCGGGUACAACCCAAAUUUCAUGGGCCCAGUUGCUGGAGUUUUGGUUGGCUUCGCGGUCUUCUUCGCCUUCAUGUUUGCCUAUUGCAUAAGGACUCUCAACUUCCAGAUGAGAUAGAAGAUGUACGUUUAUGAAACAAAUUCUUGUUGUACCAGAUUAUAUUAAUCGCAUAGUCAUUCCUGUAUAUAUAAAAGGAAAAUGUUAGAUUUACAACACCAAUACAAUAACGGUACAACAAUCCCUCACAUGAGAGUGGGUUCUACAUACUGGAGCCCACCCUCAUGUGAGGGAUUGUUGUGCAAUUGUUGUAUUAGUGUUGUACAAGAAUCAAAUCCCUAUAUAAAAUAGAAGUAAUUAAAGCCGUUACGAUCUAUUGAAAACUGACAAUUGUAUGAGGCUUGAUUCUAAAUUACUAUUAUUAUUUAAACUUAA